CUCAGAGCUAAAGCAAAAGCAGUAGUUUAAGCAGCCCUUCAGAAAAAUAAUCGGAAACACUGUCCACUCCUUCAAGCAGAGGUCUUAAGCAUCUCAUCUCGGGUGAACAUGGCUGAGCCUAUGUUAUGUAACCACCUGAGGAUCGUUCUCCUUGGGAAAACUGGCAGUGGGAAAAGUGCCACAGGAAACACCAUCCUGGGAGAAAGAGUAUUUGAAUCUAAGAUUGCUUCUCGUUCAGUGACCAAGGGCUGCCAGAAAGAAUCCAGAGACUGGAAUGGAAGGAAGCUCCUGGUGGUGGACACCCCAGGGCUCUUUGACACCAAAGAGAAGUUGGACACCACCUGCAUGGAAAUCAGCCAGUGUGUCCUCCAUUCCAGCCCAGGGCCUCACGCCAUCCUCAUGGUGAUCCAACUGGGCCGCUACACAGAGGAGGAACAGAACACCAUUGCAUUGAUCAAGGUCGUGUUUGGAGAGUCGGUCAUGAAGCACAUGAUCAUCCUUUUCACCCGUAAAGAGGAGCUGGAGGGCAGAUGCAUACAGGACUUCAUCAAAGAUGCAGAUGUGAACCUAAGAAACAUCGUCAAGGAGUGCGACAACUGCGUCUGCGCCUUCAAUAACAGAGCAGAGAAGCCGGAGAAGGAAGCUCAGGUACAGGAGCUGGUGCAACUGAUAGAGAAAAUGGUGCAGGGGAAUAGAGGAAGUUAUUUCUCAGAAGCCAUAUACAAGGACAUAGAGCAAAAGCUGGAAGACAAAGUAGAGAAACUGAAGAAAACCUACGUUGAUCAGUUAAACCGUGAAAUUAAACUCAUUGAGGAAGAAUAUGCCCAUAGGCCACAGGAAAAGGAGGAAAAAAUUAAGUUCCUAGAAGAGCAAUACACUGAAAGAACAAUCGCCCUCAGACAGGAAGCUGAACGGACCAUAUUAAAAGACAUUUUUAAUUUUGUUAAGAAGAGUAUUUCAACCGUAUGGCACAUGUUUUGGUAGGAAAUUUAGUUGACUUCGGAUUUUUUUUUUCUUACUCUACUACCUUUCAACUUUUGAUGCGGUAGAUUUUAUUUUCUAAAAAUGUCUUCUGAAUUUCUCAUUCUUACAAUGGGACGUUGUUCCACCUUCAGUGGAAUUAUAAAGUCUAUGUUCCAUUUUUUAGGGAGGGGGGCUGUAGCACAGCAGGUUAACUGCAUGUGGUUCAAAGCACAAAGACUUGUGUAAGGAUCCUGGUUCGAGCCCCCGGCUCCCCACCUGCAGGGGAGUCGCUUCACAGGAGGAGAAGCAGGUCUGCAGGUGUCUAUCUUUCUCUCCCCCUCUCUGUCUUCCCCUCCUCUCUCCAUUUCUCUCUGUCCUAUCUAACAAUGAUGACCUCAAUAACAACAACAACAAUAACUACAAUAACAAUUAAAAAGUCUGCUUUCCA